UUUUCAGAUUUUUAGCAAUCUGGUGGCCAUUAAAAUGCCAAAUAACAAAACGUCGUGCGCGUAUGAUGAUUAUUAUCAUCUGGUUCAUUGCCCUUACAGCAACGUCUCCGUGGUUACUGUUUUUUGACCUUGUCUCCAUCUAUAAAGAUGAACCGGAUUUGAAACUUUGCUUAGAGAUGUGGCCACGUCCCCAAGAUGGUUCACUUUUCUUCCUCAUCGGCAACCUCAUGCUUUGCUACGUUCUUCCCAUGAUACUCAUAUCUCUUUGUUAUAUACUCAUAUGGAUUAAAGUGUGGCGGCGCCAUAUACCGAGCGACACUAAAGACGAUCAAAUGGAGCGACUUCAACAAAAAUCCAAGGUCAAAGUCGUAAAGAUGCUUAUUGUUGUUGUUAUUCUCUUUGUUUUGUCUUGGCUGCCACUCUACAUCAUUUUUGCUCGUAUUAAACUAGGUGGUAAUUAA